ACUUUUCUCUUUCAGAGUAACUCCAGACGAACUGAACAAGGAGCCCUCGUCACCAUGCAGCUUGAAAACCAAAGCAGCGGAGAGUACGACGUGAAUGACGCGACGCUGAGGUUCGUCAGGCGGAGAGACGACAUAACUUUAGACGAUGACCUCAGUAUUCUGAGAGCAGAGAUGUCUUGUGGUCAUGCGGUGUCCCCAGAAUCUCUGACCGCUUGGUGUCGCAGUCUGCUGGACCAGGGUCAGUAUAAAUUCCACUGUCCAGCGAUCACGCAGGGCACGGAGAAAUGUGACGCCGAGUGGCCGUACCUGGAGGUCAGGAAACUGGCGGCGCUCAGUGAUUCAGAGCAGGCUCAUUUCGAGGAGAACAUGGCUCUCAUGGCAGCGUCUGAGUACUGCGAGUACAAAUCAUGUCCGAGCUGUGGGUCCUACGUGGAGCGAGAAGAUCUGAGUAACCUCUGCGUGAGAUGCACCAUCUGUACAUCUGUGAAAAACAAGACCUACCAGUUCUGCUGGCAGUGUCUGAGAGAAUGGAGAGGAGCAGCUGGUCAUGCUCUCCGCUGCGGUCAUGAAGACUGCGUCAACCCAGACGUCGACAAGCUAGCAAAGUGUACAGAUAUGAGGCUGUCUUACGUGCAGAACGUGGAGUGUCCGGCCAUCCGGGCCUGUCCGACCUGCGGUCUUCUUCUGGAGCACAACGGCUUCGCUUGUAAGAACCUCAUGUGUAAGCGCUGCAAGCUGGAGUUCUGCUUUCUCUGCUUGAAGCUGAAGCGUGUUUGCAAUCCCAUCCACGGACCGUAUACCGUCUGCUCCGUGGCGCCGCGGCAGACCGAGAUUCCGGUUUGGAAGAGAUAACGUUAGAGAUCGGGUUCAUUUGAAAAGGAGACGCAGCUCUCUUUUUAAACAUAGAUGAGGUACUGCUUUAUAAACAUUUUAUAAUGUUUGUGAUGUAUUUCAACAGCAUUUUCUUUUCUAAAAUGAAAACAUAAACAGACAUUUAAACAGACUUUCUGAUCGGAGCGUAUCUGGGAUUAACAUUUAGUUUUCUUUCAAGGUUCGAGGGAUUGAAGGUGCCUGAAAAAGAUCGCAUCUUUUAACGAAUAAAAGUGUGUUGAUCAAAAGAUAAGAAAUAAACAGCAGAUUGGGCUGCGUAUGCUUUCACCGGAAGACGGUUUUUAAAACCGGUAACCUCCAGUGUUUGGGGGGGACGCAUUACAAGUAACUAAUAGAAAAACGUUUACUUUUUACUUUUAAUUUACAAAAGUGUCCCCAUGUUGAGGAGAACAGAGGCGUUGUUCACGAAGACAGUCUAGAGAACGUGUGCAAACGAAUCAUUAAUGUGCAAAAAACACGUUUAGCGUUCAUUAAGAUGAAUUAACAGUGAAAUGCAAUCUCAGAAUAUGACCUGCAAUCAUUAAAUAUGUUAAAUAACACAAA